GCUAACUUCAGUCUUUGACUUUGGUGAAUAUAAAUUUUGAACUGAUGCUGCGUUGAGUUGAAGUUUGAAAACCCCCAUAAAUGGAGCUAUAUUAUUUUUUGAUAUGAAAAUAUUUCCCAACCAUGGCUGUGAGAUUUGGUCAUCGAGGUCUGAUUGUGGGUAGAUGCCACGUAUCUGUGAGGAACCUCGUUGUGAUGUGGAUUCUUCUAUUUUUUGUGUGCGGUUGGUUUUUCUUCAUGGUAGAUCAUAGGCCAGCAGGAUGCAGGCAUGAAGACAUGCUACAGUAUGUGUGCCGGUACUACUCUAAAGGUGUUAUCACUGGGAAGAUGUGUCCAAGGCUCUGCCAAGGGAAAGAGUUCGUCUUUACAAGGUGUUUAUCAAGGAGCCUAGAGCACCAGGUCUAUGAGGUUGAGGUGAGGCAGGCAAAAUCUUUGAUAAAAGAUCGAUAUCUUGUCCACUGGACCCACGACCCCAAGGAUGGAGACUACCAGAGACCAGCAGAUGGGUCUUCGAUGGAAGAUCUCCGUCACAUGCUGUCGGCUUUUCUCAAACUGCGGUUAGGUGAGGGUGACUUCGGUCAAUUCCAGACAAAGAUUUUUGACGUUGCUGACAUCAAUAACGACGGGAAGGUGUCGCUGGCGGAGGCAAAGACGCUUUGGGGACUCCUACGUGGCAACGACUUCCUGCUCUUGAUGGCUCUGUCAAAGAGCGAGGUCAUACCAAAGCUGGAAGGGUUCUGCGGGGAUAUCUAUGUUACAGAGGGAGUCCAGGUCUAUGAUAUCUAUGGACCGAAUCAAAUCCAUCCCGGUAUGCUUGGAAGUAUCUUCAGUGGGGACAAACUCAGCUGGGGGCAGCGUGCCCACAUAGUGCUGGGAGUGAUCGAGUUUGUAGAGGAGAUCAUCGACAACCCCCUUGGGAAUUUUCUCAUGUGCAGCGUCACCCCGCGUAGCAUAGGCUACACCCGCAAGCACGAUGCCAAGCUUCUGAAUCUCCAAGAUAUUUCCCCUGAAGUUAAGGUAGAAGGGGAACUGAAGGAGAGGAUGUGUCAGACAGAUACUGACUGUGUAUAUGGCUCCAACUGUCAAUCUCCUUGCGAUAUGGCAACCCAUAAAUGCCAGAGUGAAGUGACCUAUCCUAAUUUAUACAAAAUAUGCCAGCUCCUGGAACCAGUACUAUUCAACGGCAUACCAGCUGAAAUAAAGGACAAAUUGAGGUUGGCUUUUGACCGGUGUAAAGGAUUAAGACACAGCGGUCGUAAAAUGGAUAUGGAGCACUCGCUGGUGAUAAACGACAUCAAAGGUGUAAUAUGGAGACAAAUAUCUGAUUCAAAUUCAUGAUAGAUGUCAAAAGAUCCCAAAAUUUUAGAAUAUUUCUUACCAGGAUCCCGUUUCACAAGAUAGUUUGUGAAGUAACACAUGACUUUAUGCAGGACUGGAAUAUGUUCUUAUGUGCUAAAUCAGCUACAUAGGAUAUGUUAUUUAAGUAAGAAAAGGUCACCAGUCGUGCAUAAUGUCAUGCGUAAAGUUGUGGGUGAUUUCAAAAUAGCUCUAUGAAAUGGCAUGCAGGGUACCAUUUCAUCAGCGUGUAGCUUGGUAUGAAUAAGAAAUGCAUGUACCUAAUUUCUAUCAUUGGUUACUGCUAUGUUUUGUGCUGUAUACAAACAUUCAUCCUUUGGUACGUAACAUUAACAACCAUGACCUUCUCCAUGUUCAGUGUGGCAGUUUUUAUUCACAUGGGUAUUGUGUUCAAACAUUAAACAGAAUAAGGCAGAGUCAUAAAUAAAAAUGCUACAUGCACAAAUCAAGGAGCUUUUAACAUUUCUCAUAAUUUUGUCACUUCUACAAGAUAUGUGAAAUGGAAUCCUGAUGUGAGUUCGAUUACAACAUCGACCUUUAUCGAUCCAAAAGUGUGUGAUUGAAAAAUGAAUAAUGUAGAAAUAUUGGAUAAGGUUAACGCUAUAAAGUACUGAAGUGAUGGGGUCACAAUUCUUUUUUAAUUUCAGUGUUUUUUAUACCAUGACUCUGGGCGAAAUGAUGAAAAAAACAUGUAACCCUAAUUUGGUUGGAAUCGGUCCAUGUGGCCUCAAGAUACGACCUCGUGAAUACAAAUUAGCCUCAUUGAAGUCAAUGUAUCAUUGGCCUGGUUCUAAAUGUUAUGAACCAGGCCAAUAAUAAUAAUACGUUGACUUCACUGGUGCUAAUUAUGUAUUCAGAAGGUCAUACCUUGGGGACCCAUGGACAGAUUCCCACCACUUUGGGUUAUGGAGGUUUUUCAUCAUGCCCAAUUGAAAUAUGGUAUCAAAAAGGGUAAAAUGAAAAACAAAAAAAAAUUGAUGACAUCACACAGCAAAUAAUGAUAUUCAUGAGAAAGUCUCUAAAAUCAAGGUUAAUUGUCACAUUUAAAUUCGGUUCAUUUACAUAAACUUACUCUGUGAAAUCAGGAUAUCUAAGCUGAUAAUUUACCACUCUGAAAUCACACUGGGCGUUGUGGCAUGCGCCUGUAAUCCAAGCUUUGGGGAAGUUACAAAUUGAUGCAGAGGGUCGAGGUUCGAGCCCUGGUCACGUCUUUCGGAUGGUGACGUUAAAGGUCGGUCCCAGACGUAAAUAAUCAUAUCUGAUUGAUACACGUCUGACAAAACUCAAAUACACACACAUACACACAAACACAGAUAGUAGCACAUGUGGGGUAGUGUAUUAUAUAUUAUUGCUUGGAAAAAUACCAGACACCUUGCUGGUCUUCCAUACUUUGUUUUUGUAAUUUCUCAGCAAUUGCACAUUUGAUGAUUGCAGAAUCAUUUGGUACAUAGUUUAUUCGAUGAUCAUUCGAUUCGGUUCCAACCCAUUUUAGAUUAUCACAACAACUUAUGUUGUAACUUCUUAAUGUUUCCAUAGCAAAGAAGGAUAGUGUAGUAGGUUUCAGGGUACACAAUGUAUCGUUCUUGGGCAGGUGUUGGUCCUGGAAAGGACCACCCAAACUCAACGCUUCGGCAAGUGUGUUCUUGUCGUCUUCGGGAGAAUGAGCAAAGUUUGUAGGAGCAGGUCUAAUGUACUCUGUCAAGGUGCCGUAUGCACGGUGCCUUGCAGGGUGAAUGUCUCUGAUUGGCUGGAUAAGACACAUGACAUCCACAUAGCAGAUGUAAGUCACAGCACACAUUGUCUGCGCAAAACAGCGAAAAACAGGAUAUGCCGCCAAUUAUCUUUACCGCCAAAAUGGCAUGAAUGACGAAAGCUCCCAAUUGUGCCCGUAUCACUGGCUUUAUUUUUUAACCAAAUUAAGGGUGACUGAUGUAGUUUUGUUCACUAAUUGAAAUUUUUAUGACUUGACAAAAAAACUCCUAUUAUGAAAGGGAUGAUUUACAACUAACACCAUAUACCGUAGCAUUAGUCAAAAUAUUGGACGAGUGGCUUGUAGGCCUUGUGGGGUUAGACCAAUUGGUUAUAGAUAAAUAGUUUAUAUACAAGAAGGAAGUAGAUGUACCGGUAAAUUACCAGUGGUAAUGGUAUUAGACCAAAUGGAAGUUACAUGUAGAUGAAUGGUUCAUAUACUAAAUGGGAUUUAUUAGAUGUUGGAUUAGACCAAAUGGUUCAUAUACAAGAAGGAAUGAGAUAUAAUGGUAUUAAACCAAAUGGUUGUUAGAUGAUGGAUUAGAUGUUGGGGUUAGACCAAAUGGUUAUAGAUAAAUGGUUCAUAUACAAAAUGGGAUGAGAAAUAAUGUGACUUAGACCAUAUGGUUAAAUUGUUCAAAUACAAGAAGGAAUUAGAUGUAAUGGUAUUAGACCAAAUGGUUAUAGAUGAAUGGUUCAUAUAGUAAAUGGGAUUAGAUGUAAUGGUAUUAGACCAAAUGGUUGUUACAUAAAUAGUUCAUAUACAAAAUGGGAUUAGAUGUUGGAAUUAGUCCAAAUGGUUCAUAUACACAAUGGAUUUAGACCAAAUGGAAUUUCGAUGAGGGUUCACAUUUGAAUUGGGUUUGACCUCAUUAGAUUUGAGUAGACUAAAAAGUUAUUACAUUUAGAUGUAGAUGAUAAUAUUAUAAUAAUAUAGGAUUUGUAUAGCGCACGUAUCCACCUUGCUAGGUGCUAAAGGCGCUCCUAUAUUACACCAGCUUAGCUAGUCUAUCGAUAAAAUAUCACAGUACUUAUUCAUGUUUGCAAUUUGUUUUAGAGCUAUACAACAGUUGAUAUUUCUAAACAUAUUACUUGUUCAUGCCAUU